AUGGUGCAAGAAGAUAUCGUACUAGGGCACAAAAUUUUAGCAAAGGGUAUUGAAGUGGACAGGGCAAAGAUUCAGGUGAUCGAGAAUUUACUACCACCUACCUCAGUGAAGGGUGUUCGCAGUUUUCUUGGGCACGCUGGAUUCUACAGAAGGUUUAUCAAGGAUUUUUCAAAAAUUACCAAACCUCUAUGCUGUUUACUGAUGAAGGAAUCCCCAUUUCAGUUUACUGAUGAGUGCCUGUACUUAAUGGAAAAGAAGGAUGCUAAGCCACGUCUCAUUUGUUGGAUAUUACUACUUCAAGAGUUUGACUUGGAAAUUAAGGAUAAGAAAGGCAGUGAAAACGUGGUGGCGGACCACCUAUCUCAGCUUGAGGACUCAAAACGAACAGAGACAGUGGAAAUAAAUGAAAUCUUCCCAGACGAACAGAUUUUUGGUGUGAUGGAAACACCCUGGUAUACAGAUAUAGUUAACUAUUUAGCCAGGUCUAUCAUACCGCCAAAUUAUUCAAGUCACCAGAAAAAGAAAUUCUUCGCUGAAUUGAAGUAUUAUUUUUGGGAAGAUCCCAUUCUCUACAGGCGGGGGGCUGAUCAAAUUGUUUGUCGCUGUGUACCAGAGGAAGAGGUGCCUUUGAUACUAGAAAACUGUCACUCGUCUAUAUAUGAAGGACAUUUUGGUGCUUCGAAAACAGCUGCGAAGAUUCUUCAAUCAGUGGCUAUGGAUUAUGUAUCGAAGUGGGUCGAGGCUGUUGCACUACCUACUAAUGAUGUGAAAGUGGUGAUUGAGUUUUUAAAGAACAUUUUUACCCCGUUUGGAACACCAAGAGCCAUAAUCAGUGACGGGGGCACACAUUUCUGCAAUCAUCAGUUCGAGCAGUUGUUAGCAAAAUAUGGCGUUAAAGACCGUAUAGCCACCGCAUACCAUCCCCAAACCAGCGGAUAG